AUUUCUCCACUUUUUUAGUCUAUAAAAUCUGACCUCACUAACUUCCUUACUCACACAAACACAAAUUACUAAUCUUUCUCUUCAACCUUCAAAAAAACCUUACUAUCUUCCUACAAUGGCUUCCAUGGCUUCCGCUGCUCUUACAGCCAAAAUAAACAAACCAUCCUUCUUAGAUUCUCCCAUCUAUGGCGCACCUUUAACAACAUCAAACCCGACCCGAUCUGUCUCCUACAAACAACCCAAACCCGCCAUUUCCAUGUCCGCCACUCCAACCCCACUUCCAUACGACCUCAACAACAUCAAAUUCGAUCCGAUCCGUGAAUCGAUAGUUUCCCGUGAAAUGACCCGUCGUUACAUGACGGACAUGAUUACUUUCGCCGAUACUGAUGUCGUCAUCAUCGGCGCCGGUUCAGCCGGUUUAAGCUGCGCUUACGAACUCAGCAAAAACCCGAACAUCAACAUCGCAAUCAUCGAACAAUCGGUAAGUCCCGGUGGUGGCGCGUGGCUCGGAGGACAACUAUUCUCCGCCAUGGUUGUCCGUAAGCCGGCUCACCGCUUCCUUGACGAGAUCGGCGUAGCCUACGACGAACAAGAUAACUACGUCGUAAUCAAACACGCCGCUCUGUUCACAUCCACAAUCAUGUCAAAAUUAUUGGCUAAACCUAAUGUGAAACUUUUCAAUGCCGUUUGUGCUGAGGAUUUGAUAGUGAAAUCGGGUCGGGUUUCAGGGGUGGUUACAAACUGGGCUUUGGUAUCGAUGAAUCAUGAUACACAAAGCUGUAUGGAUCCGAAUGUAAUGGAGGCGAAAGUGGUGGUUAGUUCGUGUGGGCAUGAUGGACCAUUUGGGGCAACAGGGGUUAAACGGUUGUUGGAUAUUGGAAUGAUCAAGAAUGUUCCAGGUAUGAGUGCUUUGGAUAUGAAUUCUGCUGAAGACGCCAUUGUUAGAUUGACAAGGGAGGUUGUUCCUGGAAUGGUUGUUACUGGUAUGGAGGUUGCUGAGAUUGAUGGCUCUCCUAGAAUGGGACCUACUUUCGGGGCCAUGAUGUUAUCAGGACAAAAGGCAGCCCAUUUAGCCUUAAGAGCAUUGGGCCUAGACAAUGCCCUUGAUGAUGGUUCAGUGAAAGAGAUGUUACAACCCGAGUUUAUAUUGGCAUCAGCUGAGGACAAUGAGAUUGUGGAUGCUUAAUAUCUCUAAGCCCAGCCCCGCCCCGCCCAGCCCAGUCUAUCUCAGCCCA